UGUAAAUGUAACUUGUUACAUUUUUGGACCAUGCAAUGAUAAGUAAUGAAAUUUUUGUUCAUCCCGUUCAACAUCAUUUGAUGAUGCAUUACUUUUGAACUUAACAAAACUACUGAUUGCGUUUAUCUAUAAUAUAUUAGAGCGUUAAUUUCUAACGUUACAAAUGAAUCAAAAAUAUCAUGUGUCAUGACAUUGAGAGAGUUGUAACAUCAUUGAACAUUGUACAUAUUAUUACCUAUAUAUUUAUACAUUUGGCAUAUAUUGUACAAGUAUAUAAUGUGUCACUUUCUUGUAAACAUUGUUUGACAUUUGUUUGAACGAAUUUGGCAUGUGAUAUGGAAUGCAUCAUCCAAUCACAUUAUUAAUAAGGUAGUAAUAAACAACAAUUUUGUGUUCAAAUUAAUUGCACCAUAUCGGACAAAAAAUGGUUGUUCCAAAAGCAACCCCUUGCAAUAUCUCUACGUUUUCUCAGAUGAACUUUCCAAAUUGAAUUAAAUCUAGAUGAUUGCUAUGGGCUAUAUUUGGAUGAUGAUGUUCCAAAAUGGAUAAAACUGGCGUCUUAUCCAAGAAAAGUAAACAUGUUCGCAUUGGUUGAGGUCGGGUCUGAUAUCUAUGGUAUUGGUGGUACUCAAGCAGGACAAUUCAUCGACAACAUUUACCAUUUUCAUUUCGGAAAUAACUUUUGGAGUUCUUAUGAUACGACUCCAGAAGGGAUUUCUGCGUUUGGAGUGACAGUGUUUCAAGACGAAGUUUGGAUCGUCGGGGGCACCACAAUCUACGGUGUGACGGAUAGUACCCAUAUUUGGAACCCGUCCACCAAGUCUUGGAGAAUGCCUGGAUCACUGAGUUCGAAAUUGCCAAGUGGACUGAAAAAUUUUGCUUGUGGCAUCAUCAAAGACCGAAAAUCCGGUCAUGAUUGGAUUUUGACCGUGGGAGGACACAUGGGAACGUCUUCGACAUCCCAGCAAGUGUAUUAUUUUGAUAUUCAGGAGAACAUGGAAUGGAGGGUGUUAAAGGCCAGAGUUUACCAACCAGAAAUACACGGGUCCAGUGUCAAUAUCUUGCCAAGUGGAUGGAAUAGCUUUUCCGUUGCCCCAAGUUCGUUAAUCCAAUUUGGAGCGAAUAAGUUCACCGUGGCCUCUGGAUUCACCGUAACACAUGGAGAAAGCCCCAAAAACGUUGCUCUUUGGCAAGAGGAACUUGGGGUCUUUAUUUGGUCUUCAUCCGCAUUAACGAAAGCAAGGAAAUUUGCUGGUCUAGCUGAAAUUCCCUUGCAUACGCGGUGGACUUGUUUGUCAAUGGGAUCUGAAUGGAUCAGAAUUGUGGAACAAACCUCGGGGAAUUUUUUCGUUCCCAAUCAGAUCUCUGGCUAUUCAAGUCCUUUGCACUCUAAUUUGGAUAGUUUGAACAACUACAAAUCGUCUUGCCUUGGUCAUUACCAUUUUAGACUGGUUUGGCCAGGCUUGGGCUACUUCAAUGAAUGGUUGCAAGAUAAUGACAUGACUCAGUCUUCGCCAGUUGCCGGUUUCAAGAAGAUUGCGUUAAAAUAUCCCAGCCAUUUUGGUGGACUAUUUUAUGUCAACAUUGGCGGAUUGAGCUCGGGAGAUCCUGAUGAUACCUUGGCCAAGGGGGAUAUCCGACCUGGAGGAGAGAGUUAUGCAGUCGGUCGAUUAUCGGGUACCACAGGAAACUUGUUGCCCGGCCCAGUGGGCCAAGACGGUUCCACAAGCAUAGAUGUGGAUCACCUUAUCUUGUACAUUAAAAACGAUUGCACUUAA